UGUAGUGGGGGAGAGUUCGGUGUCUGUUUUAACUUCCGGGUUUGUGGAUUGUUUCACUUGUUUGGCCACCAAAAUGCCCGGAUUAACACACUUUUCAGACUCUUUCUGGGGCACAGGCUUUACAAGCUCUGCUGGCUUUGAUGCCCUAGUACAGCGCAUGAAUGAGGGCAAAAAACUGAGCAGAGAAUUGGAGGAUUAUUUCCGUCAGCGUGGAAAACUUGAAUCAUCAUACAGUCAGGACCUCAUGAAGCUGUUCAAGUCUCUAAAGAUGAAGGAGGUAGUUGAUACAAUAGAGAAAACGUGGAACUCUAUAAAGGCGGAGGUAGAAAAGAUGGCAGAAAGUCACAGUAAGGCUGCGAGUUCUUUCCAGAAACAGAGUGAAGAGAUGAAGAAGUUUGCAGAGGUCCAGACUGUCAAGAAAAGACAGCUUGAAGAUCAUGUCAAAAGAUACCAACAGAACAAGAACAAUAUGUACACAAAGUGUAUGAAUAAUAAAAAAAAUUACAACCAGAAAUGCCAGGAAAGAGAUACUGCUAAAAGUGUUUUCGAAGCGAAUCGUCAGUCGGUUACAAUAACAGCUAAGGAGCUGGAAAAGUUACGAAUGAAAAAGGAAAAAUCGGAAGAGGAGAAGUCAAAAGCAGAUCUCGCUUACCAGAGCUCAUUGGAUGCAUUAGAACACGCCAGAAUGGAAUGGGAGAAUGCUUUUCAGACAGCUUGCAAUGAAUUCCAGAGUUUGGAGGAGGAACGUAUUGCAUUCAUGAGAGAGGAGAUGUGGAAGUCGACGAAUAUCGAUUCUUUGACAGCAGUUAGUGUUGAUGAGUCAAGUGAGACUAUUCGCAAGGUUCUUGAGACGUGUCAGGUAGAAGAAGACAUCUCUCGCUUCAUAGAGAAAUGCAAAACUGGACAGGAGAGACCAGCGAAAAUACAAUAUGAGAAUUAUUACGGCAAUGUUCCUGUGGAGAACAAUGUAAAGUCACAUGCAACCCCUCCAGCUAACCGAGCACCACAGCCGAUACCUUCACAGGGGACAAGACCAGCCCCACCCCAAUCUCGUGCCCCUGAUGCCAGAAUUGUAGAUGUAGAACAAGAUUCCAUGUAUAGUACUAUAGAUAGUAGUGAUUCCACGUAUAGUACUAUAGAUAGUAGUGCCCGCAUCACACCCAUUGAUGAUAACCAGCUGUAUCAUACUCUCGAGAUGAGUGAUGACACGGGUACAGUUGUCUCCCCUAUGUCGUACUCCGGUAUGUGCACUGUGGUUCAUCCGUAUGUAGCGAAGAACGCCUCUGAGUUGACGGUAACCACUGGAUCAAAGGUGAUAUUUGUCCGCAACAUGGCGAACGGGUUUAUUCAAGUCGUCGAGGAAGGAACAAAGAAAUAUGGACUUAUUCCGGAAAGAUGUGUUCAGAAAUUUGAGGUUCCAAAACAAAAUCAAGAAAACCCCCCGUUGAUUGAUUUUCUGUGAAAAUAUGCCAUUUUGUUUUCAUUUGUUAACGAAUAUGUUGUUGAGUUUCUUGUUUUUGUUGAUUGGUGGGAUUUAUUACAGAGGACGAAUAAGCAGGAUUUAAUGGGGUUUUUUUCACCAAAUUAAAAUUUAAGUAGACUGUGGUAAAUAUAUUUCAUAAUAUAUGUGCCAAAAAGCUAAUUUCAGAAUUGGUAUUUUUAAAACAAAAAUCUGGGUUUUUUGCUUAAUUUAAAAAAUAUUUUCUUGUAUGGGUCUUUUCAGUUGUUUUUUUGGGGGUUAGUUUUUUUGUGGUUAUUUUGUUGGGUUCUUUUUUAGGGGGUAGGGGGUGAAGAAUGUUAGUGACAGUUAGUCUGACUACAUGUUUUCAAACCAGCUAGUUUAUACGUUGUCAAUAAAGGUCUCACUACACAGUUUACUUGUGAAAGAAAGUUCAUUUAUCACGGUUCUCAAUAGAUCCUAAUUGUAAGAUGUGUUGUCAGUGUUUCUGCCGGAAAGAAAUUUUUGGAUAUGGCGCUAUGAAAUUGAAUGCAGCCACAGUCAACAGGGGGUAAGGGGGGGCCUCUCCAGCAAAGAAAAUGGGUUACAUGUAG